AUGAAUGGUGAAAUUUUACUACAUGGGAAUAAUACAAUAUUUGAUGAUGCUGAGCACUUUUCUAAAAAUUAUAAUUAUAAACUUCUUCCAAUUAAUUUUGAGAUAAUGAAUGAAGAAAUUAUUUUAACUGAACACAAUUAUUGUAACAUAGAAAUUAGCUCAGGAUCAGAAUCAGAGGAUUAUUGCUCAAGAACCAUAGGUUAUAUUAAAAGAAGAAAUAUCAAAACAACUUCGGAAUCUUUAUUAAAUGGUUACAAGAAACCUCUUUUAAAUUUGACAAACACUGAAGAUUUGGCUGCUGAAUCUUCGGAUUUUACCACCUCUGAUUUUGAAAAAACUGAUCAUUGCUAUGAAAACAAUUUUAAUGAUGAUACAAAAAAUGCUUCAAAUUCUAAUACUGACAACUCUUGCAAAGAAAAUUUUAAUUCUAAUAUGAAAUUUAUAGAAGUUACCAUCACUGGGCCUAGUAAAGAAAAAAAUUAUGAACCAUGUGAUUUAUUUUUAAAUGAUAUGGCCAAAUUAGUACCUAAACUAAUAGGGAAAAACGCGUGUAAAAUUGAUAUACUAGACCUAACCUGUGAUAAUUUUUCGGACUUAAAUAAGCCAAGAUUAUAUUAUAUCAUUUCAGAAUCCACUUGGCAUUUGUUUAAAAAUAUGAAAGAAAGAGUUAUUUUAACAAAUGACAAAAGUAUAGGGGAGCCCUUAAAACAUAAAGAUCAUAAUGAAAAACCUAUUUAUAUGGUUUUUGAUCAAGUUUCAUUGACCAAGUGCCUUUCUGAUUACUGUACUGAAACGGGUGGUUCCUUUGAAUAUAAAUUAGUAGAUCAUUCAGAAUUGAAAAGUGAUGAAUAA